AUGCUGGCCCGGGGCAUGGACCCGGCCCCGAUCGUGGAGCACAUCGUGGAGCUGGCCCGCGAGCAGCGGGCCGCGAUCCGCGAAGUGAGCCGCUCCGAACUGGACGCCACGGCGCGUACCGAGGCACCGCAAGGGGUGGUCGCGCUGGCCGAUCCGCUCCCCGAAUCAACGCUCGCGGACCUGAUCGCGGCGCCGUCAGCCGGUGCUGGCGGUCAAGACGCCCGGCCAAGUGGUGCGCCGUUCCUGCUGGCCCUCGACGGCAUCACCGACCCCGGCAACUUCGGCGCCAUCCUGCGCACCGCCGAGUGCGCCGGCGUGACCGGGGUCGUGCUGCCUCGCCAUCGCUCGGCGCGGAUCACACCCACGGUGACCAAGGCGGCCGCCGGCGCGGUGGAGCAUCUGAGGUUCGCGGUCGUGCCCGGCAUUCCGUCUGCCCUGCGCACGCUCAGCAGCCGCGACGUGUGGACGGUCGGACUCGACGCGGCCGGCCCGGCCCCUCCACGAGCUUGA